AUGAUCUUGAAGGUCUCAUCCAGCCUUGGUGAUUCUGUGAUUAUUUACACCAAGGUGGAGGAGAUCUGCUUUCCCAAGAAGUAUAUGAAUUUUGGGAAAGAGUGUUUGGUGCCAGAGUUCUGGAACGUCCUCAAUCUGUGCCAAGGUAACUAUGACUUCCUGAAACAGCUUCCUGUCCCAUUGCUCCUGUACAUCAUUUCCUUUCUGGAGCUUGAAGAUAUUGCCAGACUUUCUCAAGUUUCACACAGAUUUGAAACACUAUGUGACAGUAAUGUGCUCUGGGAAGCUCUUGUGGAGAGCUUGUGUGACACAGCCACACCUGAAAUGGAAGAGCCCCCACAGGAUGUGGGCUGGGAACCUUCACACACACAAAUGUCUGCCACAGCUCCAAAGGAGGUAGAAGCACCGUGCUCAGAACAAGAAACUAACUGAAUAAAGGUUCAUGUUCCAUUGAAGCAAUUGUUAUAAGGCAUAGCUGUUUAUUGGGUCAGACACGUGGAUUUUUCUUCUUUAUUAUGGAAAACAGACUUUUUAAGGAUUGAGAGGAAAACCAAAAUAUGUCUCACCGGGAGCAACAUGUAAAUAUUACAAUGUUUACUAGGAUGGGUAUCCUGAAAUUGUGUUUUAAUAGCAUCAUUGCAGUUACUGCAAUAGAACAGGUUGUGGCUACUUUGUAUUUCUUUCUUCUGAUUUCUCUGGUUUGUAUCUAUGCUACAGGUACACCAUGGCUUAUAGCAGACACUGUGGCAUUGUCAUUUAUAGAGGCUGAUUAAUACAUCAUUUACAAUUUACUAGAUUUAGGACCCAAGUAUUAAACCAGUGAUUUUAGUGUUUGGAUAUAAUAGUUUCAUAUUUGAAGAGUGUAAAGAGUUUAAAAUUUUUUAACAUGCCAAGCACUAAAUUUGAAUUUUAGAAGUUGAUUAAAAACUAUGAAUACAGGGUUCUUGUAUAAUUCUGGUUGUUUAUAAAACAGUACU